AUGAGCGACCUUCAGAGAUCGUUUGCGCGGACACAUCUAUCUCGUCUCCCACCCGAACCGCCGACUAGCCUUGAUGAACAGGCAGAACAAGAGGAUGACGUGGGGGAUUUGAGGCCUGGCUCGCCAAACGACUCCUCUUCGUCCGCUUCAUCGACGUCCUCUACAGGCACUAUUGUCCCCUCGCCGAGCCGCAACCUAUUUGAAAAGCCCAGAAGAUCCCGUACGGCACCUCUGCCAUGGGAUGACUUCUUUACUCAGGAGUUGGCUUUCGAGCGCAAGACUCCCGCAGAGAUCAUUCAUCACCAUGUCUAUCUAGCACCGCCCUCGGCUUCUGGACCGCUCAUCGUCACACAUCACGGAGCAGGGUCGUCGGGCUUGUCGUUUGCCGCCUUUGCUGCAGAACUGCUGAAAGUCCUCCCCAACGCUGGAGUGCUAUCGUUAGACGCUCGUGGCCAUGGUCAGACCACCAUCACCACUUCCUCCGGCAGCCUACCUCCCAGCCAAGACCUCAGCUUGCCGACGCUAGCAGAGGAUCUAGCGUUCGUGGUCAAUGCCGUCAAAGCCCACAUGAAAUGGACCACGUUGCCAGAUAUUGUGCUCAUAGGCCAUAGCCUCGGAGGAGCCGUUGUGACUGAAGUCGCCCACGCGAGACUGUUGGGCAACUCACUGCUCGCGUAUGGCGUCCUGGAUGUCGUAGAGGGCUCGGCCAUGGACGCUUUGAAGAGCAUGGACACGUAUCUGUCAACACGGCCCAAGUCCUUCCCUUCACUCGCCUCAGGCAUAGAAUGGCAUAUCAAAUCCCGCACAAUCCGCAACUCCGCUUCGGCCAGAGUCUCUGUGCCCUCACUCCUCCAGGAGUCCAAGACAACGCCAGACACAUGGCACUGGCGUACCGAUCUCGCUGCUACAAAACCGUUCUGGGAAGACUGGUUUACGGGCCUAUCUAAGAAGUUUCUCGAGUCCCGCGGAGGAAAGUUACUUCUGCUGGCGGGAACAGACCGGUUGGACAAGGAGCUCAUGAUCGGGCAGAUGCAAGGGAAAUAUCAACUUCAGGUCUUCCCCGACGCAGGACAUUUCAUCCAGGAAGAUCAGCCGGCGAAGACGGCGAGUAUUAUCGCAGAUUUUUAUAGACGCAACGAUCGUAGUGCGCUGGUUCUACCACCGAAAGUGGAUGAUCUAAUCAAGCAGGGGAAGCUUAAGCCUGCUGGGCAGAAAUGA